UCUCCAGUGGUGAAUGACCUCAUCUCCCGAGUGUGGGUGCCGCGUCUCCCGCUGGAGAUGCGGCAUCUCCCGCGGGAGAUACGGUGGCAUCUCCAAAAUCUUGGAUAUGUGACACUACUCAGAAUAACUUUUUCUGUCUAAUAGAAUAUGCAUUAUAUCAAGAGCUCGAUAUAUAGCAGUAUGUGUUGACAUGAUACCUCGUUCUGUAUCCACGACCUUAUAAUCGUAUUUAUCUAAUUAAAGUGUCAUGAUAAGAGUAAUCCAUCACAAAUAUGUCAGAUUCUCUUGUAUUAAAUAUAAGAAUAAAGUUUACUUUUUCAUCUAAUAGAAUUUUUGAAUCAUGAUAUUUAUGAUACUAGAAAAUUUAAUACUUUCACAAUGAAUUAAUCUUACUAAGAACUUUAUUUAUGCAAUAUUUGAAAUUGAAAAUUAAUUAUGUAAGUCGUCUGAGAAAAAGGAAGAAGAAGUAUACUCCUGCCCUAGGUUAGACUCAAUAAUCUGAUAUCGUCUCAUACAACGAAUAUUAGCUGAAGUUGUGGACAAAAAGCUGGUCUGAUGGAGAGUUCUUAUACUCAACUAUUUGAGUUCCUCAUACAUACUGACAAACCACAAGAGCAGGUGGAUGUUACAAAGUAGUCAGCAUGCUAUCGGAAAGGUGAUCUGAAACAAACAACGAUUAGUGUCUUGUUCAGGGUAACUUCAUGACUGGUGAUAUCAAGGUUUGAAUCCUUGCAAGUUUCUCGGUGUAGUAUUUUUUGUAUGAAAUUCUAAUACUCAGUGGUUCCCAAAGUUAUUCAGUCAGGUUUAUUUUAAAUAUUUUUCCAUUGCAUAAGCGUUAACCCUUUCCAGCCGGCUUCCAGAAGGCAGACAGCAAGAAAAUAUUGUCUUGCAUAUUUUUUGUUGCUCCACCACAGUAAUACCAAAAAUAUAUUUUUCAGAAUAAAAGAUUUUUUUUGUAUCCAAUGGCUACAUGUUGCCAUUUGGCAACACCCGGCCGUAACGGGUCAAAUUAGUUGACAAAUUUUUUUUCGAUUUCGAUUAUAAAAAUGCAUUAUUCAGUACCUCUUCGUUUAUUAAAAACACUUAAACAUGAAAAGAAUUACUCAAGCAUAGAUAGAGCGCCUCCAUGCAGCUUUUUCAGAAUUUAAAUUUCGUUUUUAGUGACAAAACUCCAGUGCACGAGACUUGCAGUUCUCCAAAAAGGACAUAGAAAACAAUAAUUGGUUUGAAUAUGAAUGUGCGUGUAGGUAAAUGAAAGAUCUACACCAACGUCUGCAUUUAACUCACGAUGCACCUAUUCUUGUUCGGUUAUUACACUCUGAAGGCUAGCAAAUUUGAAUUUUGCCACUAAAAACUAGAUUUGAAUUUGAAAAAAGUUGUGGAAAGCAUUCUAUACAUGUUUGAGUCAUACUUUCUUCUAAAAACCUUUUGAACAAACGAAAAGACAUACAAUAGUGCAUUUUGAUGAUCGAAGUCGAAAAAAAAAUGUUUCAAUUUUUUGACCCAUUACGGCCGGCUGUUGCCAAAUGGCAACAUCUAUAAUUUUCAUUGUUUGGAUUUACUGAACAAUCCUUUUUAUCAAUGCAAUAUGCAAUAGAUCUAAGCAGCAAAAUUUACAGCUAAUGACUUCUAGUAUUGAAUCAGUCAAUCUGUAGGAAAAUGUAUUUUACGGUUGAAUGGCUUCUAUGGGAUAUUGUAGAUAAAUUCGGCUAUGCUCCCAACGGAAAGUUCCUUUUUGUAUUAGAAACCAUGAGUGUAUCCUGAAAUGUACUGCAAUAAUUAUCGAAUAGUUAAAAAGUUUUAUAUCUUUACUCUAAGCAAGCUAUCCUAGAAAUAUUGACUAAAUGUUGCCAAAUGGCAACAUCCGGCCGGAAAGGGUUAAUAAGAAUUCAAAUAGUGAUUUGUAUAGAAAAUUUUAUUUUUAAGAAGAAUUUUCGAAGAUGAAAAUGGCUGAUAGUUUUCUAAUGGAUAAAGGUCUCUGAAAAACCAUGAUUUUUCAGCUUCUGGACUUUACAAAUAGAAUUCUUUAGACAAAUUCUCAUUUGAAUUCUUAUUAAUGUUUAUAAUAGUGGAAAAAAUUUGAAAUAAAUCUGGUUGAACAAUUUUGAGAGUCAUUGUAAAUAAUUAUAAUCAGCGGUAGGAAGCUGCGAAUAGACGUUUUUAUCAAUUCGGACUCGAUUUUGGAAGGAUUCGCAACUUCCUAAUCAUCGAAUUCUUUUAAAUAAAAUUAAACUUUUCCAGUAGUUUUAUUUUCAUAUGUUUCGAUUUAUCUCAAUUAAUGAUUUAUUUGAACUUGUUAUUGACAAAAGAAUAUGAGUUCGUAAUCUUCUAAUACUUAGUCAUGAAUUAUUUUUUCCAAACAUCUCAAACUGUUGAAACAAUAUUAAUUUUAGAAAUAAAAUUUUACGAAAUUAUAUCAAAAUCUAAUCAAAUUUAAUUUCUUUUUAUUAUUCUAGCAAAAGAAAAAUUAGAAGCUCAAUUAGAUUUAGCACGAAAACAAGAAAUAGCUAAUGGAGGACAAGCAAAUGAUGUGAUGAAACGGAAUAUUAUACUUAAUAAAUUAUCUCAAUUAGAAAAUAUUAAAAAUAAACAUUUAGCACGUACACUUGAAUUAAGACGACAAUCUCAACAAGUAGCAACAGCUGUAGCUAUUAAUAAUAUUGAACAAAAAGAUUUACUUAAUAGUUUAUUUACUUCAUCAUCACCAAAAUCAAUUGGUUAUAUACCAAUAGAAAAUAAUAGUCAAACAAAUAUUCCAUCAUCUCAUUCAUCAUUAUAUAAUUCAUCAUCACCAACAUUUUAUUCAUCAGGUUAUCAACCUCAACAAAAUUCUUCUCCCGUAUAUCGACCAUCAUCUUUACAAUUUGAAUCCGGACAAAAUUCAACAUCAUUUCAUGAUUUACAUACAAGAGGUAAAACUUCUGUUUAUGAUGAAUUUUUAAUUCCAUCAUCAUCAUCAUCAUCCUCAUCAUAUAUACCCGUGAAUAAUCCAUCAUUAUCUGUACAUUCAUAUAUGAAUGUUUCAUUUCAAGGCACAACAAAUAAUCCAGGAACAAUGACACCAUCUUCUUUCAAUCAUCAACAUCAUCGUCACAAUACUACUUAUCCAUAUUGA